GCCGAUUACAGCUGAUCUCCCACGUGACGUUUUACCUUCUGUCUCUCAGAGCGAGUUGCCGGAGGACAGUCCCUCCUCGGGCUGCCGCGCGUCGCGCCGCCCCAGCCCGCCGCCGGGCUCCGGCUCCCGCAACUUCGGGUGCAGCGGCGGCGGGCCGGGGCGCCCUCUCGGGGCCACUUUUCCACGCGGGCGUCGGGGGCUCCCGGGGCUUCGCUCGGCCAGGAGGGCGGCGGUCGCGGCCGAGAACGUGCCGUGGCCGCAGCCAAGCGCCCCUCGGACCCGCGCGGUGCCGCGCCCCGAAGGCCGGCGGGGUGCCCUGCGCGCUGCGUCAGACAAGGGGGCGCCCUUCGCCAGCCCGGACCGGAGAGGGCGCGCCCUGGGGCGAGCCGGCCACGAGAUGGCUGCGAGGCAGGGGUGAGCCCCCCGCGCCCUCACCAUGCAGAAGAGCGUGCGCUACAACGAGGGGCACGCCCUGUACCUGGCCUUCCUGGCCCGCAAGGAGGGCACCAAACGCGGCUUCCUGAGUAAGAAGGCCGCCGAGGCGAGUCGCUGGCACGAGAAGUGGUUCGCUCUCUACCAGAAUGUGCUCUUCUACUUCGAGGGCGAGCAGAGCGGCCGCCCGGCGGGCAUGUACCUCCUGGAGGGCUGCAGCUGCGAGCGGACGCCCGCGCCGCCCAAGGCCGGAGUCGGGCCGGGCGGCUCCCGGGAUGCGCUGGACAAGCAGUAUUACUUUACCGUUCUUUUUGGCCACGAAGGUCAGAAACCUCUGGAGCUGCGCUGUGAGGAGGAGCAGGAUGGUAAAGAGUGGAUGGAGGCCAUUCACCAAGCCAGUUAUGCAGACAUUUUGAUUGAGAGGGAAGUGUUAAUGCAGAAGUACAUUCAUCUAGUUCAGAUCGUAGAGACAGAAAAAAUUGCAGCUAACCAGCUCCGGCAUCAACUUGAAGAUCAAGAUACAGAAAUCGAAAGACUUAAAUCAGAGAUUAUCGCUCUUAAUAAAACCAAGGAACGAAUGCGGCCUUACCAAAGCAACCAAGAAGAUGAGGAUCCAGACAUCAAGAAGAUUAAAAAGGUUCAGAGCUUCAUGAGAGGAUGGUUGUGUAGAAGGAAAUGGAAGACUAUUGUGCAGGAUUACAUUUGUUCUCCUCAUGCUGAAAGUAUGAGGAAGAGAAACCAGAUUGUGUUCACCAUGGUUGAAGCCGAGUCAGAGUAUGUUCACCAGCUCUACAUCCUGGUCAAUGGCUUCCUCCGGCCCCUGAGAAUGGCGGCCAGCUCCAAGAAGCCUCCCAUCAGCCAUGAUGAUGUCAGCAGCAUUUUUCUCAACAGCGAAACGAUCAUGUUUCUUCAUGAAAUAUUUCACCAAGGACUGAAAGCAAGGAUAGCAAACUGGCCUACUCUAAUUUUAGCUGAUUUGUUUGAUAUUUUGCUCCCCAUGUUGAACAUUUAUCAAGAAUUUGUGCGUAAUCACCAGUACAGCCUCCAAGUGCUUGCCAAUUGUAAGCAAAACAGAGAUUUUGACAAACUCUUAAAACAGUAUGAAGCCAACCCUGCCUGUGAGGGGAGGAUGCUGGAAACGUUCCUGACCUAUCCAAUGUUCCAGAUCCCCAGGUAUAUCAUCACACUUCAUGAACUCCUAGCUCAUACUCCCCAUGAGCAUGUGGAAAGGAAAAGUCUGGAGUUUGCUAAAUCGAAACUAGAGGAACUAUCCAGGAUAAUGCAUGAUGAAGUGAGUGACACUGAAAACAUAAGGAAGAACCUUGCCAUAGAAAGAAUGAUCGUAGAGGGCUGUGAUAUCUUGCUGGACACCAGCCAGACUUUCAUCCGCCAAGGUUCUCUUAUUCAAGUACCUUCUGUUGAGAGGGGGAAACUUAGUAAAGUUCGCCUGGGUUCAUUGUCUUUGAAAAAGGAAGGAGAAAGACAAUGCUUCUUAUUUACAAAACACUUUUUAAUUUGUACGAGAAGCUCGGGAGGAAAGCUGCAUCUGCUCAAGACAGGUGGGGUUCUCUCUCUAAUAGAAUGUACGUUGAUUGAGGAGCCUGAUGCAAGUGAUGAUGACUCCAAAGGUUCUGGGCAAGUGUUCGGACACCUGGAUUUUAAAAUAGUAGUGGAGCCCCCUGAUUCUGCCCCCUUCACUGUAGUCUUGUUAGCACCUUCGCGCCAGGAGAAAGCUGCCUGGAUGAGCGACAUAAGUCAGUGUGUGGACAAUAUACGGUGUAAUGGUUUAAUGACUAUAGUAUUUGAAGAGAAUUCCAAAGUUACUGUGCCACAUAUGAUUAAAUCUGAUGCCCGUCUUCAUAAAGAUGACACCGACAUUUGCUUCAGUAAAACACUCAACUCCUGCAAAGUGCCACAGAUCCGCUACGCCAGCGUGGAGCGCCUCCUGGAGCGGCUGACAGACUUGCGGUUUCUUAGUAUCGAUUUCCUCAACACCUUUCUGCACACCUAUCGUAUUUUCACAACGGCAGCUGUGGUGCUGGCGAAACUUUCCGACAUAUACAAGAGGCCUUUCACCUCCAUCCCUGUCAGGUCAUUAGAAUUGUUUUUUGCCACCAGCCAGAACAACAGAGGUGAACAUUUGGUGGAUGGCAAAUCCCCACGCCUGUGUCGCAAAUUCUCUUCCCCGCCACCGCUGGCUGUGUCUAGGACGUCCUCCCCAGUGAGGGCCAGAAAGCUGUCCUUGACGUCUCCAUUGAACUCAAGGAUAGGAGCGUUGGACCUGACCACCUGCUCAGCGUCCAGCAGCCCUACCACCACCUACAGCCCUGCUGCCUCCCCACCGCCGCACACUGGCAAAGUACCGUUGGAUCUCAGCAGAGGCCUGCCUUCUCCAGAGCAAAGCCCAGGAUCUGUAGAGGAGCCUAUAGAUAACCCCCGCAUGGAUCUGUGUAACAAGCUAAAACGAAGUAUUCAAAGAGCUGUCCUAGAGUCUGUGCCCAUGGACCGAGCAGGAGUGGAAAGUUCCCCGGUGGCGGACAGCACGGACCUUUCACCUUGCCGGUCACCCUCCACGCCUCAGCACCUCCGUUAUCGUCAGCCUGUAGGACAGACGGCCGACAACUCGCACUGCUCUGUUUCGCCGGCGUCUGCCUUUGCGAUUGCCACGGCGGCUGCAGGACACGGAAGUCCCCCAGGAUUUAACAACACCGAGAGGACUUGCGACAAGGAGUUUAUUAUUCGGAGAACAGCCACCAAUCGAGUCCUGAACGUCCUCCGUCACUGGGUCUCAAAGCACGCACAGGAUUUUGAACUCAACAACGAACUAAAGAUGAAUGUCCUCAAUUUGCUAGAAGAAGUUUUGCGAGACCCAGACCUUCUUCCCCAGGAAAGGAAGGCCACGGCGAAUAUCCUGAGGGCCCUUUCACAAGAUGAUCAAGAUGACAUCCACCUAAAAUUAGAAGAUAUAAUUCAACUGACAGACUGUGCAAAGGCUGAGUGCUUUGAGACCCUGUCAGCCAUGGAGCUGGCGGAGCAGAUCACCCUCCUGGACCACGUCAUCUUCAGAAGCAUUCCCUACGAAGAAUUUCUUGGGCAGGGGUGGAUGAAGCUGGAUAAAAAUGAAAGAACACCUUACAUUAUGAAAACCAGCCAACACUUCAAUGAUAUGAGUAACCUGGUGGCCUCCCAGAUAAUGAAUUAUGCCGAUGUCAGCUCCCGUGCCAACGCGAUAGAGAAGUGGGUGGCCGUGGCAGACAUUUGCCGAUGCCUGCACAACUACAAUGGCGUGCUGGAGAUCACCUCAGCCUUAAACAGAAGUGCCAUCUACAGGCUGAAGAAAACCUGGGCCAAGGUGUCCAAGCAGACAAAAGCUCUCAUGGACAAGCUUCAGAAAACUGUUUCAUCUGAAGGAAGAUUUAAAAAUCUCAGAGAAACCCUUAAAAACUGUAACCCCCCAGCCGUUCCUUAUCUGGGGAUGUACCUGACAGAUCUGGCAUUUAUUGAAGAGGGAACACCAAACUUUACUGAGGAAGGCCUUGUUAAUUUCUCCAAGAUGAGAAUGAUAUCACACAUCAUCAGAGAGAUACGCCAAUUCCAGCAGACUUGCUAUCGAAUAGACCAUCAGCCAAAGGUCACUCAGUACCUGCUUGACAAAGCCCUCAUCAUAGAUGAAGAUACGCUGUAUGAACUGUCACUAAAAAUUGAACCUCGGCUCCCUGCUUGAAGGUCCGGCCUUGCCCCUGAGUCUGUGGAAUUCUCAUGGAAAGCGGGACGGACAGAACUGUGCAUGCCAUGCUUCCCACAGUGCAGUGAGGACCGGGGAUGGAGACCAAGCCGGCCCCCACCCCACCCCGUGCACCGAAGAAGACGGAACAGACCUGGAAUGCUCUCUCCAGCCAAGGAAGCCCAGCUGUUUGGGGUCAAAGACAGAUGCUUUCAGACUUGGGGUGGGAAGGCGAAAAGAUUGAUCUUUGGUAGAGCUGAUGGUGCAUUUUUCAUAAGGGAAUGUAAUAUAGGAGAUGCUGGUAGCCAUUUCAGUGAAGCAGGUAAGAAGGCCGAUUGGAAAGUGUGCCCGUGCUCUGUUAGAACUCACGGACAAGGAUCACGGGAAAAGCCUGAGCUGUUAGUCGGGCGCUUUACUGGCCUGGGUACACACCUAACCAGUCUUCUCUUAGGGUUUAUCACUGCCUCUGUCCUAUUUUCUGCAUCACAAGCUUCCAGAAAAGCCGAGGCUUCCUCUGUAGGGACGGCCACCACAUAAACAAUGUCAGUCUACAGCAUGUGCAUGGUUUUUAGUACAUUCUAGAUAUUUACGCUGGAGCGAUGGCAUGUUCUGAAACUGCUUUUUUGGUCUUUAAGCAACAGGACGGGAAAGACAUGAAGACCUUUGCCCCAGGGGAUUGCAGCCAGGGGCUGACUUCAGGUGGGCUAGGGGCUUCUUCUGAGGCGGUGGUGCCUGAGAAGCCAGUGCCCUCAGAGAGACAGGUGCAGAGUCUGCGGAAAUGUGUCCGUGCGCCUCACCCUCAGAACUGUGGAAUGGGACAGAGGGUCACAAACUGCCACGGGGUUUUAGGCUGAGUGAUCAGACAUACUUAAAAAUCAUCUCUGCACCUUGCCGUGCUCCUUCCCCUCCACCCUCCCUACGGGAAUGUGGGAAUUUUUUUCUGAUUUACGCGAACCAUUUUUACGCUAUGAAUACUGGUUGUAUUUUUAAAAAUGUUGUUUAACGGGAUGUUCUUUUUAAAACCCACACGUCUGUGUGCUGUUAGUAGACAGUCCUUCCCUGGUCAUCUUUGUUUUUAAAGUUGGGGGUAUUUAUGAGUGAAUAUAUUCUAUGUGUAUGGGAGAUGGGAUCAACCACUCAACAGCUCUUCUCUCCGAAGACUAAAUGCAGGGGUUAGUCCUGCUCCCCUGUGCUGGGAAAGUGACCUUCCUUUUCCCAGGAUUCGUGGUUGUUGAAGAAAUAGGGCUAUCUCACGUUUACCUCCCUCUUCUCUUCUCAGGGAGAGCUCUGCUUUAAAAGAAGAAAGAGGAAACAUGCAGUUAUUGUUACCUGAGCCUAUCGCGCUUGAUGAUUUCUCUUAGAGGCAUGAAGUAUAUUGAUGCUGACAUUGAAAAAAUUGAUCUGUCUAGCUGUUUUCCCUCCUUCUUUGCACUUUAAUUAUCUUGUUAGAACUAACGGCUGACUAAUAAAUUCAACUUGCUGGCUCAUAAGGCCCAGUGGAAACACUAGUGUUGAUAAUGUAUCAUGGAGGUGGAGAAUGUCCAUUUUCCUGCAUGGUAAGGGCCAUCUCUGUACAUAACUAUAUAGUGAAAUGCCAAGUAACUAAGAGAAAAUAUUGAUAAUAUUUGAAGACCAUUCCAAAAAUAUUUUCAAUAGCUCAUAUUAGCCAACAGUGUAGCACUAAACCCAAGGAGGGUUACAUAUGAAUGCUUUCUUUUUCUUAAGAAGUUGCUUGUUUGUUCUGUUUAGUUUCAAAUAAGAGGUUAUGCCUCUUGACGCAUGAUAAGAAGCAUGGGUUGUUUGAAUCCUAAUGAUGCAUAACUUGCAAUUUAUUUCUCAGUGUUCACAUACUGAGGGUUUAAACUAACAUAUGUCAGCUUCACCAAGCACCUCAAGGUCUUGCCGAAGAAAAGGAAAAUAAAGCUUAACUUCCUUGGCUUAAAAACAUAGUCUUGGAAGGUGGACUAAAACCAGGAAAAAUCAGUGGCAGGGCCACACACAUAGCAGUUUCAGGCAAAACAACAUGUGGAAAGGUCCCUGUGCUCUGCUUUGAGGUCCCCAAAGUCUUCCAGAAGGGAAGAGGUCAUUCUGUGUGUGGACCCUUAUUUCUCUGACCCAAUUGUUCCAGAGGCACUGCAGCCCUUCUUACUAAAGAAAAAUGUGAGAUAGAGGAGUUUCCAAAUGCUCCUCCCCUUUUGGAGAGCCAGGGUUUCCUCAACUAGAGACAAUGCUUUCUCGCCUGGUUCCUGCAGAGUGUUGGAAGCGCCCCCCAGUGGUCAGCUACCGGCACCGUCAAUUGCUAUGGUGACCUUUAGCGUUUUCUUGAGUAACAAGCUCUUCCGGCUUACUAGAGUCUGAAACCUUGCUGGAACUGCAAAAAGAGAGAACUCUACCUCCAAGGGAGCUCCUUUUGAUGAUCUGCACCGUUUCUGGACCAUCUGGGAUAAGAAUGUGCAUUUAAAAAAACUCAGUUUGGCCACAUUUAAAAUUGCCAAGAGCAAUCUGUAGGGCUUAUAAUGGCCAAAGCACCCAACCUCUUCUGCCUUUCACGUUCCUAUUUACUGCUGGACUGUGCACUCCCAGCUGUGUCUGCCUGUAUUCCAUUAUAUGAGACCCACUUCUGAGAAUAGAAGGCAGGUCAGCCCCUAACAACCAAAUAGCAAACACUUGUAUUAUCGCAAAAUUAACCUAGAAAAUCAGAAGUAAAAGCCAAUUUCAUGCUUUCGGAUGAAUACCCACAUUCUGUACUGUCAAUGAAAUCAUCUUGGGACUUUGAGGGGAUGCCUUUGGUUAUUAACUAAGACAUCCAGUUUUGCUGCAGGGACAAAUCUCUUACUUAAGCCAGUAUAUUAUGUGACAGGUUUAGGCACGAAGUAGAAUGUUGUCACUUUUCCUUAGUGUUUCUCUGAAGGAAUUUAAAGAGAGAAUUUUUGACUACUGUUGUAAUACUUCAAGUGGCUCUCCCACAAAGCCCCCAUUAGUGUUUGUUAGAUUUCAUGUAUCUUAAAGUACUGCUUAAAAACAGAUGAAACUCAUAGAUACUGAAUAACUUGGAAGAAAAAAACCCAUUACAUUCCCAUUUAGAGUAUAUGAUAAUGGGCCAGCACCUCUUCUCUCCCCGUAUUAAGACAAAACCUUGGGUCGGCAAUGAUGGAGCCGCUUUUUAAAUUCUUAACUAAAAAAGUAAUGCAAUAGAGGGGUUAUUCCCCCCUCCAGAAUAACUUUUAUUUUGAAAUAAAGGAUUUUAGUUAGCUUUUCUUUGCAAAGUUUGAUUUUAUUCCCCCUGGGGAAAAAAAUCUUUGUCUUUGCUUUAAAGAUUUUUUUUAAUCCAACCUGUGAAGUUUAUCAUUUUUACUGCUAUUGAAAUAGGAUAUACUAUAUAUGGGAUAUAUAUUACAUGGUGGAAUAAGUUAUAUAUUAUUUAUGGCUAAAGAAUAGAGCCAGACUAAUGUCCACAGCCAGAAGGAAAAAGGGAACGUGAUUCAUUUUCAUUUCAGUAAGACAGCAGAUUGUAAGUGGAGCUGAUGACUUGAUUACAGACGCCACUACGUGCAUCCUGAGAAUAAGACUCGAGUCAAUGAAAUCUAAUCACAGUGUCAUUUUUUCCCAUGGCUGUGAGUGACUUAAAAUCAAGGCAGGGCAGAGCUAGAGUAGAAAACAACCAUUCUGUUGUAGUUAUAAACGCAGGGAUGAUUGAGAAAAUCACUCCUCCUGGCCGCCACACAGCCUGACAUUAACGUUAGGGUUGAUUGUACUUGAUCUCAUCAGCCCAAGGAAAAGAAGAGUUCUACUUGAUGUUGAACCACUGUCUUUUGCACAACCCAUUUCGUUUUUUCCCUAGAAAGGCAGUUGUGAAGGAGCCGGCUGAGGCGCCCUGGCGCUGAGCCCGAGGCCCGGAUGUCCACCUGCGAGCUGGGGAGCCGCAGGUCGUGCUAAAGGCCCCUUGAGCCCAUUCCCUCAUCUGCAAAAUGGAACUAAUUGUAAUUCCCGUGCUGCCUACCUCACAGGGCUGUCGUCAGCACAAAAUGGGUUCGGUUGUAAACUGUAAAGUGCGGUCCAAAUGUGAGGUAACGUGAUUACCAUCCUCAUCUCUCUUUGGCAGAGAAUUAUUUAAAUGUAUUUCUUUGUUAUGUGUGUGUGUGUGUGUGUGUGUGUGUGUGUGUGUGUGUGAUGGACAGACCGUGUGUUACUCUGAGAAGUGUAACCUUUGUGUCCAGUAACUUUGCAAAUCUGCUAACGUUUGUGACUCUGACAGAGGAGUUUGUGCCGUAGCCUAACACUUGCCAGGUGGGGUGUGGGUUAUACCUAUAUGCAAAUUAAAUUUUGUCUUUCUUGAUUCUCGAAAAUCUCAUUAGUC